AACAAAACAAUGUGAGGGAAUGUGUAAGGGCAUUUUUUCCAAGUCAAAUCUCUAAUCAAGCCAGAAACCAAGUGCUCUGCUGUGGAAUCCCAGUUUUAAUACUUUUAUUAUUUUGAAUGUUAUGGCUAUCAAUAACAGCACUACCUCUGAGAGCCCAUGGCCACCCAAUUUCUGGAAUCAAAUAAUCAUAGCAUUUACAGUUUCUAUGGCCAUUGGACUUUUAAUUGGAGGAACAAUCUGGGCUUUGUUAACUUGCCUAUCUAGUCGUAGAGCUAGUGCACAUAUUUCCCAGUGGAGCACCUCAUCCUCUAGCCGGCGUUGUAGAGCAUCCCAUGGAGGUGCUAGCAGGCCUGGAUUUUAUCGGAACAGCAGUUGUGAACGCCGCAGCAACCUCAGUUUGGCCAGCCUUACCUUCCAAAGGCAAGCUUCCUUAGACCAGGCCAACUCAUUUCCAAGAAAAUCAAGUUUCCGGGCUUCCACAUUUCAUCCUUUUCUUCAGUCUCCUCCACUUCCUGUAGAAACUGACAGUCAGCUGAUUACACUGGUACCCACCAGUACCACCACAACUCUUACUAGGAGCACCACCAACAGCCUAAGUCGUCCUGAAUUCCACUGGUCCAAUAACAGCCUUCGUGUCUGCCACUCAACACAAACACCACCUCCUGCCUAUGACACCAUCAUAAAGGCUUUUCCAGAUUCUUGAGUUGGAUUUUCAGUAUCCUAAAUAAAUGAGAAAGAAUCUCAGUUCUAUGAUUUUCUGUGGGCUCUAAAGAUAUUAAUGACAGUAAAAAGAACAUACCGUACGAAACACAAAUAACAUUGAUUUGAUAGAGGGAUGCAUAGUGUUCAACUUUAAAGACCAUCCCUGCUUUUCUCACAAAGGGAGUAUGUUGUGUGGACUGCAUCAAUAUGUAUUUAUAUUUUAUGCUUGCACUGUUAUUAUUGCCUUUAGUUUAGAUGAUACAAAUUUAUAUAUUUGGAAAGACAAACCAAAGAGCACUUAAGACUUAUAGAAUUCCUAUGAACACAAUGUUAUUCUUUUUGUAACAAUUUUUUUUCUGCUAGAAGUUUUGCUUUCCAAAUGUUUUCUUCUUACCACUUGUUUGUCAGUUGGCAACAAUUAAGCAUCUAAAAGAUCUUCAGGAAUUCUUCAGCAGAUAAGAUGCAAAAUAAUUGCAUAUUGCUAU